AUGGAGACGGACGUUGCUCAGCGCUACCGCUCUCGCAUCCUGCGCGAGAUGCACGCAAACCGCGAGAACCCUUUCAACUCGCCCCCUUCCUCCACCGGCUCCCACGGCACCGUCAGCCCGACCAUGACCUCUGUCUUCUCCGACCCCGACGGCGAGUCGACUCGCAGAUUGAACGACGACAUUGCCCGCGUCACCGGCGGCAAGAAAUUUCCCGUCAACUGGGAAGCCGCCCAUCGCAAGUGGCCCGAGUACUUCUCCAAGCCCAAAUCUGCCUUUAUCGACAACGACACGCAACCUCUCAAGGAAAACCACAACCCUGCCCCCUUCAAGUUUCUUCAAGAAGACUCCACGCGAGACAUUUGGGAAGGCUCCAAGCGCAAGCGCGCCGAGAUGCAGCCUCGCGCCGACGACGAAACCGAUCUCUCCAUCCUUCUGACCAAAUCGCCUGCCGCCGCUCUCUCCCUCAACAAUCGUCACCUCAGCCCCAUUUCGCGCGCCCAUGCUCGCGCCCCUUCAGAGCCUGCGCCGCUCUUGCAAAGGCGGCCCUCCAUCUCCGAAGCUCUGGAUCGUCUGCGCAGAGCUUCCGGCAGUCCCAAACACGCCGACCAAAGGCACAUGUCAGGAGCUAAUGGCUCGUCUCCCAAUGGUUCCUCUGCCAAAUCCAGCUUUACUGCAGUGCCUCCUUCUCCCAACUCAGUGGCCAGUCCCAACCACGGCGCCAACGCGCGUUCCUUCUUCAUGCCCGAUGUCUCUCAUCUCGGUGACUUUGUCACCGGCACCCUUCGCUUCAGUGGCUCCAUGAAGAAUGGCGUCCCCAUUUUCGUCAAGCAGGGCAAAGUCCACGACAAGCAGGCUAGCCCCGCUGUUGCAGCACACGUUGCCGUUGACUCGCUCAAGGUCCCCAAGGAGGAAGAAAGAAUCUUUGUCUCCAUGGAUAUGAUCCGCGACGAGAUUGUCUCUCUUCAAGAGCACCAUGAAAAAGUGCAAGAAUAUGCCGCGAACUUGCAACAGCAAGUGGACAGGCUUGAGGCUCAGUUGAAGGAAAAGGGCCAGAACCCAGACAAAGGCUACCAUGGGAGCCACGGUAAUGAUUCGAAUACUCGACUGCGAUCCGAGAUUGCCAGCUUGCAGACCCGGCUAGACCAGGCUACACGCAAACUCAGCACCAGCGAGAUUGCCAACGACUCCAUGACACACGAAAGGGAUCGUGUGCUCACCAGGUUGCAGGAGGCGUGCGAUGAUAUCAACAAGCUAACCCGUAAGCUUACCGUCAAGGAAAAGGCUCUAGAGACCUCGCAGAAGCAACUGGACUCAUCCGAGCAAGUUCGCCAAGACAACGAUACUCUGCGCCGAGAUAUUGUCGCUGUCACUCACAGUCGCGACGCGCUUGAGCUGGAGAAUUCGUCCCUGCGCGACGACAACGACAAGCUCGAAAGUGAGCUGCAAUCGCUCCAGUUGGAGAUGGAUGGCAUGCGCUCUGAAAAUGACCGCCUGCGCCAGCAACAGCAGUCUUUGCUUGCCGAAAACAAGUCACUCCGUACCAGCAAGACCCACUAUGACAACAACGAUGUUCUCAAUGAGGACCUUGACGAGGUGCAGCAUGAGCUAGAUGCUGCUCGCGAGGAGCUUGAUGCUCUUCGCAAGCAAAAUGAGGAUCUCGUUUCCCUCCGAGAGGACAACCAGAGUCUUGUACGACACAACGAGAAGUACUUUAAUGACAACAAGAUUCUCAGACGCGAGAACUCUGGCUUUGAGCGCAGCAUUCACGAAUUGCACGAAGAGAAUCUCAAACUCAAGGAGGAAGUCGGCUUCCUCAAAGAGCAAAUUGAUCACUACCGCCCGGCCCCCAAGGCAAACUUUGACACCGAGAACACUACUGCUGGUAUGUUCAUGCCUGAGAUGACAGUCGAUACCAACAUCUCUGGCCCGGAAGGGCCCACUGAGACCAAGGAGCUGCCUGAUCUCUUGGACAUGACUGGCCAAAGCCAGAACGUUACGGGUGCCGACUACACAGAAUCUGUGAUGAACACAAACCAGAACGUCAACGCACCUCAGAAGAAGAGCCAAGCCGCCAACGAGCAGGCCCAAAAGGCGAUCUUUCCUAACCCCUCCAAGCCUGGAGUGCUGAAAACUGCUGCAAACCAAGGCAGCAAGCGUCGAUCUACCUCACGCCAAGCACCGAAAGCUCGUUUUGAAAACUAUAGCGAUUUCGACGAGACUACGGGGCCGCUGUCUCUGGACACGGGAGUAACCCAGGACCAGGUGGUGGAGCUGAGCGUUCCUGUGCAGGGAAAUUUCAAGCCCAUCGGCAACCGCGAGCAGACCCCUCACCCUCGCAAGACGAAGAAUGUCACCAUUGAGGCUGACCUCACGACCGGCACGACUAAGAGCAUCCACCAAAGCACCGGCCAUGCGCUGUCUAGCGACGCGAGACGUGUGCUCGACGGCCUCUGCGAGCACAGCUGCAGCAACUGCAUCGUCUGCACCCGCAUCACCUCGCACCGCAGCACAUCUACCGAGCUCGCUGCGGGCAAGAAGCGCAUUACUGUGCCUCGACCCGUUCCCGUGACUGACCGCGACCUCUCGGUCGAGGACCCGACGAUGCGUCCAUCGCAGUCCCCAGGCCACGCUCUGGCCCUCGUCAUCAAGGGCCUAGAGGACGAGUCGCGCCAUCUGCAGUUUGAGCUCUCGCAGCUGCAAAGCCAGUACAGCAGCCGCGACAAGGCGACUGGCAAACGGGAUCGCGUAGCGCUCGCCGAGAAUAUCCGCAGCCUCCUCAAGAGCCUCGAAGUCAAGAACGACCAGAUUUACAGCCUGUACGACGUUCUCGAGGGCCAGAAAGCUGCUGGGCAGGCCAUGUCGGAGGAGCAGCUCGAGAUGACUGUCCUCAACAUUACUGGCAUGUCUGUCCGCGACGUCACCGAUCAGCUGACCUGGGAUGGCCUUCAUUGA